GGCUGUCGCGAGGCGAGUUGAUUCCGCGCCACUUCGUUUCCGACUCGUGUCCGCGUACGACGUGCCCCGAGGACUAACUCAGAACACAUCCUUCGAUUUUCUUUUGUCUGCUAAAGCAAGAAAAACAGCAACAUGGUUGACCAAGCAGUUUUGGACAAACUGGAAGCUGGCUUCUCUAAAUUGGCUGCCUCUGACAGCAAAUCCCUGCUAAAGAAGUAUCUGACCAAGGAGGUCUUCGAUCAACUGAAAACAAAGAAGACCUCUUUUGGCUCCAGCCUUCUUGAUGUGAUUCAGUCAGGCGUGGAGAAUUUGGACUCUGGAGUCGGUAUCUAUGCUCCCGACGCUGAGUCUUACACAGUUUUUGCUGACCUCUUCGACCCAAUCAUCGAGGAUUAUCAUGGUGGCUUCAAGAAAAGUGACAAGCAUCCACCAAAGGACUUUGGAGACGUUGACUCCCUUGGCAACCUUGACCCAGCUGGUGAAUUCAUCGUUUCCACGCGUGUGAGAUGCGGCCGUUCCUUGGAAGGCUACCCAUUUAACCCCUGUUUGACUGAAGCUCAGUACAAAGAGAUGGAGGAAAAAGUCUCCAGCACUCUGUCUGGUUUAGAGGGUGAACUUAAGGGAACCUUCUAUCCUCUGACUGGUAUGAGCAAAGAAGUCCAACAGAAGUUGAUCGACGAUCACUUCCUGUUCAAAGAAGGUGAUCGCUUCUUACAAGCUGCUAACGCUUGUCGUUUUUGGCCCACUGGCCGUGGUAUUUACCAUAACGAUGCUAAGACAUUCUUAGUUUGGUGCAACGAAGAAGAUCAUCUUCGUAUUAUUUCCAUGCAGAUGGGCGGUGACCUUGGACAGGUUUAUCGUCGUCUGGUGAGUGCUGUAAACGAGAUUGAAAAACGACUUCCGUUCUCCCAUCACGACCGUCUUGGCUUCCUGACCUUCUGCCCGUCUAACUUGGGUACUACAGUUCGUGCCUCUGUGCAUAUCAAGUUGCCUAAAUUAGCUGCCAACAGGGCGAAACUCGAGGAAAUCGCAGGAAAGUUCAAUCUCCAGGUCCGUGGUACUCGUGGAGAGCAUACUGAGGCCGAAGGUGGCAUCUACGACAUUUCUAACAAACGACGUCUCGGUCUGACCGAGUACCAGGCAGUAAAGGAGAUGCACGAUGGAAUCGCUGAGCUGAUUAAGCUCGAGAAGGAACUUUAA